UGGGAGUCGCAUCGUGUCAGCUGCCGUACUGCGAGAUAGGCCGCGAAGAGGCCGCUUAUAUUUAUAACCUCCGGCCGAGAGGUCCGAGAGGCUGUCUCGCUCGCACACCCACCGCGGGAGCUCCGUAGAUAUAACCUACGCUCGAGAGGACAGAUAUUGCUGUCCCGCUUCCUCUAUGGGAGCGCGCGGGUACGCGCUGAAAGUUUCAAAGUUUUCAUGUCGUGUGCGACAGCCAAUGUUUCUGUCUCUUUUCUGUGUUACUAUAAAUAUAGCGCAUUUUGUAAAUAAAUCAUCACUUCAAAUCUGGACUCUGAGUUUCACUCAUCUACCUGCACCUACCUUCUCCUCGAUACACUGUUAGGCUCCAUAUCUGGUGACCACCGACUGAAGACCUGAAGACCCUGUUUAUUGGAGCUACUUACCAAUGGCUGAAGAAAAAUCGAAGACGAGUCGAGAAGAGAUGCCGUUCGGCGAUAUUGGCGCCAUUUCCGUGCAGUCGCGCCUUCUACCAUUUUGGCGGGAACUCCCACGCGCUUGGUUCGUGCAAUUCGAAGCCGUUGUCGACCCGCUGAAGACUUCAGAUGACCAGAAAUUCCGGUAUCUGCUGCAACAGCUGCAAGCCGUCGACCUGCAACAUCUCACCGACAUCUUGUACAACCCACCUGCUACGGACAAGUAUCUCGCCGUGAAGAAUCGCCUGCUCGCUGCCUACGACAAAUCAGACGUCAAGAACUUCCAGAAGCUCAUCAGUGGUCUCGAACUCGGAGAUCAGAAGCCCUCGCAGCUCUUACGUAAGAUGAGAGAACUCGGCUGCGGUAUGAUAACCGAUGAAGGCUUGAAGAUCGAGUGGUUAAAUCACUUGCCCACACAAAUACGCGUCGUGCUGUCUGUCAACACCGAAUCCUCACUCGAAACACUCGCUGCGAUGGCGGACAAGAUGGCAGAGUACACCGACGGACCCAGCAUCGCCGCAGUAACAUCUUCAACAUCAACAUCAACAGCGGCGUCAGCACAAAUAGAAGUUUUAUCGAAGCAAAUCGAGAAACUUUCACUGGAGAUCGCAGAGAUUCGACGCGGCAACAACAACACGAACGGAAGAUAUCGCCGUCCCUUUCGCUCACGCUCUCGCUCUCAGUCACACCAACGCAAGUCAGCGAAACCUGGGGAUGAAAAUUGGGAAUGCAGAUAUCACUAUCGCUUUGGUGACAAGGCGAAGCGUUGCGAAUCGCCUUGCUGUAGAAGAAAGAAGACUUCGGGAAACUAACGCCGGCACCGACCGUGGCGGACGUCGGUGUCUUCA